GAACACUGUUACUACCAGGGCCAGAUCCGAGGAAACCCGGCCUCAUUUGUUGCAUUGUCAACGUGCCAUGGGCUUCAUGGGAUGUUCUACGAUGGGAACCAUACGUAUCUCAUCGAGCCUGAAGAAAAUGAGACCUCCCCAGAGGAUUUCCAUUUCCAUUUAGUUUACAAAUCCAGAGUGUUUGAAUUUCCCUUGGAUGAUCUUCCAUCUGAAUUCCAACAAGUAAACAUUACUGUACCAAAAUUUAUUUCAAAGCCAAGACUAAAAAGGAACAAACGGCAGCUUCUUCGAUACCCUCGUAAUGUGGAAGAGGAAACCAAAUAUAUUGAGCUGAUGAUUGUGAAUGACCAUCUUAUGUUCAAAAAGCAUCGACUUUCUGUUGUCCAUACCAAUACCUAUGCAAAAUCUGUGGUGAACAUGGCAGAUUUAAUAUAUAAAGACCAACUUAAGACAAGAAUAGUAUUGGUUGCCAUGGAAACCUGGGCAGCUGACAACAAGUUUGCCAUAUCUGAAAAUCCAUUGAUUACCCUACGUGAGUUUAUGAAAUACAGGAGGGAUUUUAUCAAAGAGAAAAGUGAUGCAGUUCACCUUUUUUCGGGGAGCCAAUUUGAGAGUAGCCGGAGCGGGGCAGCUUAUAUUGGUGGGAUUUGCUCAUUGCUGAAAGGAGGAGGCGUGAAUGAAUUUGGAAAAACUGAUUUAAUGGCUGUUACACUUGCUCAGUCAUUAGCCCAUAAUAUUGGCAUUAUCUCAGACAAAAGAAAGUUAGCCAGUGGUGAGUGUAAAUGUGAGGACACGUGGUCCGGAUGCAUAAUGGGAGACACUGGCUAUUAUCUACCCAAAAAGUUCACCCAGUGUAAUAUUGAAGAGUAUCAUGACUUCCUAAAUAGUGGAGGUGGGGCCUGCCUGUUCAAUAAACCUUCUAAGCUUCUUGACCCUCCCGAGUGUGGCAAUGGCUUCAUUGAAACUGGAGAGGAGUGUGAUUGUGGGACCUCUGCAGAAUGUGUCCUUGAAGGGGCAGAGUGUUGUAAGAAAUGCACGUUGACUCAGGACUCGCAGUGCAGUGAUGGGCUCUGCUGUCAAAAGUGCAAGUUUCAGCCUAUGGGGACCGUGUGCCGAGAAGCAGUGAACGAUUGUGAUAUUCGUGAAACAUGCUCAGGAAAUUCAAGCCAGUGUGCCCCUAAUGUUCAUAAGAUGGAUGGGUACCAGUGUGAUGGUGUUCAGGGAAUCUGCUUUGGAGGAAGAUGUAAAACCAGGGACAGGCAAUGCAAAUAUAUCUGGGGACAAAAGGUGACGGCGUCCGACAAGUACUGCUACGAGAAACUGAAUAUCGAGGGGACCGAGAAGGGUAACUGUGGGAAAGACAAAGACACUUGGAUACAGUGCAACAAACGGGAUGUGCUUUGUGGUUACCUUCUGUGCACCAAUGUUGGCAGUAUCCCAAGACUCGGAGAGCUCGAUGGGGAAAUCACAUCUACUUUAGUUGUGCAGCAGGGAAGAACAUUAAAUUGCAGUGGUGGGCAUGUUAAGCUUGAAGAAGAUGUCGAUCUUGGCUAUGUAGAAGAUGGGACACCCUGUGGUCCCAAAAUGAUGUGCUUAGAACACAGGUGUCUUCCCAUGGCUUCCUUCAACUUUAGCACUUGCCUAAGCAAUAAAGAAGGCCUUGUUUGUUCAGGAAACGGAUUUUGCAGUAAUGAACUGACGUGUGUGUGUAACAGGCACUGGACAGGUGCGGACUGCAGCAUCUACUUCCCUUAUAACGAGGAUGCAAAGACAGGCAUCACUUUGGCUGGCAAUGGUGUUGCUGGGACCAAUAUCAUCAUAGGCAUAAUUGCUGGCACCAUUUUGGUGCUGGCCCUCAUACUAGGAAUAACAGCCUGGGGUUAUAAAAACUAUCGAGAACAGAGACAGUUACCCCAGGGAGAUUAUGUAAAAAAGCCUGGAGAUGGCGACUCUUUUUAUAGCGACAUUCCUCCUGGAGUCAGCACAAACUCCGCAUCUAGUUCUAAGAAGAGGUCUGCCUUUCUGUCGCAUUUUCAGAUUUCUACCUGUUCCAUCCCACAUUAUUCCAUUAGUCAGAACAUUUCAUUAUUUUGCAGCAGGUCAAAUGGCCUCUCUCAUUCUUGGAGUGAAAGGAUUCCAGACACAAAACAUAUUUCGGACAUCUGUGAAAACGGACGGCCUCGAAGCAACUCUUGGCAAGGUAACCUGGGAGGCAACAGAAAGAAAAUCAGAGGCAAAAGAUUUAGACCUCGAUCUAAUUCAACUGAGACUCUGUCUCCUGCCAAGUCUCCUUCUUCGUCAACUGGGUCUAUUGCCUCCAGCAGAAAAUACCCUUACCCGAUGCCCCCACUUCCUGAUGAAGAGAAGAAAGUGAACCGACAAAGUGCCAGGCUAUGGGAGACAUCCAUUUAAGAUCCACUGUUUACAUGUGACACAUCGAAACUGUUUACUUCAACUUUUAUAGAAACCCAGCCUCAUGGAAUCACCAUGAAUCUUUCCACUCUUCAGACAGUGCGAAGACCCUGGGAGAUGCCACAGAGAGGAAGAAGCCAGUUUUCACAUCUGGAUAUCAUUUUCUUUUUGUCAUUGGCUUAGGAUUUAAUUGAACCAUGAAACAAACUACUGCAAUGUUAUGCUGUAACACGGAACUGGUACUGGUAGGUUAAUGGAUAAUUCACCUGACAGAUAGAUAUAUAUAUAAAUAGAAAUAUCAAUAAAUUAACUCACCUGACCCAAAUGUAGCAAGUUUCCUAAGGGACAGUAGUGAACUCAGAACCUGGCCUUCUGAAGCACAUCCUCAUUGCAAACAGUAAUGCUAUAUGCAUGAAGCUUCUAUUCAUUGUUUUUCAUAAUUAAGGAAACAACAUCCCAUACUAAAAACUAGCAUGCAGGGCUAAAGCAUAUAGGAUUUUUCUGCAGAACCUUAAAGCCUCAAGAGGCCAAUAUCCCACAUGCUAACUUUAAACAUGUAUUUUUGUUUUGUUUUUACUUUUCAUAUUUAUAUCAGCAUACAAGGACAAUUGUACAUAUGUAAACAUUUUUAAAAUUCAAAAAAGCAGCUGUUACACACAAGUGUAUUUUGCCAAAUGCCUAAAAACAGUCAUGGUCAUGUCUUUGUCUUCUGUCCUGUGGUCUUCAGCGUGUACAAGCAGAUGCUGUAAAUAGUGGUCAGUGCUGUAGUGUGUCUCGCCUAGCUGGUAUCUGUCUAAAGGUGGUGUCCCCUAAACUGUAUGUAGCAGGAGGCAGUUUUGAGGAGGGACUAAGUGAGAGAACAAAAUGCCUGGUAAGACUCCAGCCACUGUAGCUUGCCGAAGCGGAAGGCCAGGAGCGCAGCUGCCUUGGGACACUGUGACCACCUGGCUGCUCCCUAGGGAUUAGCUAGCUUGCUCAUUCUCUUGGGGGCACGUAGUGUCUGCCUCAGUGCUAUCUCGUUCGGUACCAGAGCACAUUUGCUAGUCUCACCCGGAGGCUGAUGAGCCCAGUGCAGCAUGCGUAGAUCAGGCAGAUACACCAAACACACGUGUGACCCAGGAGCUCCCAUCUUGCCGGUACUCUAGUUCUUUCUAGCCUGAAGUACUGGGUCCUUAACAAAGCAUUACAACCAGUCUUAUCUAAGAAAGGAAUGACAUUGCAACAGAAACAACUUUAUGCUGUUUCUUAAGGCUAUUUAUCCCCACUGGGACUGAGGUCCAGCAAGUCAUUCUGUACUGACUUUAAGCAAGGUGAUGGACAGUGAAAUUGUUGGAGCUUAGAAACCUCAGCAGGGCAUAAAGGUGAAAUAAAAUUUAAGCCAUUACAGUGCAGCAGUGGUGAAGUCACACAAAGAGCUGGCAGGGGCAAGAAUAUGAUGUUUUGAGCCCUAUAAUUUGUAAUCCUUAGAAAAAUGAGAAUUUAGGUUUAAAGCCCCUUCUUUAAAAACCAAAGUUUGAUACCAUCAUAUGCAGCUCUGUUAUUUCAAAAGAAAGGAACUCUGUCUAACGAAUCAGAGAUUGCUGGUGCUGGUCACUGGUCUGCCCUGAGGUUGUCUUCCGAUUGCUUCUCUUUUGUGAGAGGAGUAGAAUCAAUAAUGAGAGUUCAGAAACAGCCUCUAGAUUUUACUUCUUCCAGUCAUUUCCAUGGACAAAAACCAUCUCAUCUCUAUGCAUCGCCAUUGUGGAUGCCCAAACUGAAGGGCCAAGUCAGAUGCUCUUUGUUGAUGUUUUCUAUCACAGCCUCUCUUGUAAAAGUCUUUGGAAACGUUUGAAAAUCAGUUUAACCAUCCAGAAUUAUACAGUGGAAAAAACACAGCAGUUUUCGUGCUGGGAAAGGAUGUGACUGUGGAAGCCUCAGUAAAGCCAUGUUUCAGCCCGAGGCUGGGUUGAGUGUGGGGCAGUGCUGUGGCGCAGCUCCAGCCAGGGACACAAGGGCAUCCAGGUGGAUAUAGCAAAUAAAGUGACGCUUGACCAAGAUCACUUGAAAUGUGCACUGAAUGUUUUCUGGUAUUGAGUGUGUAAAAGGCUAAUAUUAUAAGAUUUAUUUUGAUUAUAAGAGAGAUUAUAGAUUUGAAUGUAUAACGUGCCUCAUGUAAAUAUGCUUCAUAGUUAUAGUUACACAAGCCUAGUUUGAAGGACUCCACAAAUGGCUAGCUGGUCAGCUGCUUAUCUGUCUAUCUACCUACCCAACCUAUUUAUUUUUUCUUAUCCUCUCAAUUAUUUUUUACCUGAAACUAACAUUUCAAAUGAAAAUCAAUAUAAUGUGCCUUUGGGGAGAUGCAGUUGUUCAAGAAGUAUAUUGUUUGUAAUUAUACUCGUUGGUUCACAUAGAACUGAAAAGUAUUUUUGUUUUAUUUGCAGAGAAUAUGAUUUUUUAAAAUAGAGUAGUUUUAAUGUGCUAUUCUGAGCAUCUACUCUAUCUCCCAUGUUUAAAUGCUCUUAGAAGCAUUUGUGGAAUUCUUUGACAAAUUUUAGUUUUGAUGGGUAGUUCCGUGAAGUAUCUAUGUGUACACCCAUGAUUGGUGAUCUAAAGCUUUACGUUGAAACAUUUUGACUUUUCAUUCACUGAGGUAGAUAGAAUGGAUCCAUAGCAUGAACUAUAAGCACAGCAAUUAUCGAUUUUUGGAGGGAAACUUUGAGGCUACGUGGCAGUUUGUACCAUGAUGCUGAUAUCAAUAUUCCCAUCUACUCUGUAUCUGUCCCUGCUCUCAGAGAGGAGCAGUUUGCUGAUUGGCUUUAUGGUUUGGUGAAUGCCUUUUCCCCUCAGAAGUUCUGGUCACAGAUGAGACUGCAGGUCACAGCUCUGCUGCCCAAGAUAUUUUGUUUAUGCCAUUAUUAUCGUUUCUCACAUAAAGGAAUAUGUGAAACUUUUCAGGAGUGUCAACAGGAAGGUGUGAGGUGACAGGGAGUCUGCAAGGAAUGGAUUGGCCAGGCUGACUGUUCUCUGUGUCUAGCACUUACUUUGGCAGGAAUGAGAAAUCUUCCUCUGGAUUCAGCAAGCUAAAAGAUAACCUCAGUCCCUGCAGCCCCUGCAGUGCGAGGAAAGGUCAGCUCAGGACCUCUCCAGCAGCUGCCGCACAGCGAAAGCUGAACAGCUGACAUGGCUGGGUUUUUAAAGAAGCUCAAUGCCUCAGUUAGGAAGCACCUAUCCUUGCAGUUGUCCCGUGGGAACAGAAGUGACAAAUACAACAAACUUGGGGUUCAAAUGACAGACUUCUUUCUCAGUUUGAUGUUGGUGCUUAGGUGACAGUACAGUUUCUCUUCUUCCUUAUUUUAAAAGGAUUUUAAAACUUUGUAAGGUGAGUUCUGCAUAGAAAUUCAUUUCU